UCAUCGUUCUGGUUAUUGGUGCUGAUAUUAAAUUAAAAAUGAUUUUAAUUAAUUCAUUUUCUCUUUCAAAUUCUGAAUGAAUUGUAGGGAUGGAGUAUUUCAAAACUUUUUCAUCCAUAUCAGUAUGUCCUCACCAUGUGAAACAAGAUGUAUGUCAAACUCGAGCGAAAUAUCGUGAAGGCAAGGAGAAGACUGCUGUCAAGGUGUACACCGUUAAUCAAGAAUCUAUGUACAUUAUCAUUAGUGAUGUUCCUGCUGUUGGUGGUUGUGAUCAACUAAGAGCAUUGUGUGAUAGUUAUGGUGUAGUUGAGGAAUUUCAAGUCCUGGAUGAGUAUCCAUCUGAAGAAUUUACUGAAGCAUUUUUAGUAAAGUUCGAUUCAUUUCUUGCUGCUAAGACAGCAAAGCGUCACUUAGAUGAAGAAUCAUUUUUAGGAGGUCUUUUGCAUGUAUUUUACGCUCCAGAGUUUGAGACUCCAGCAGAAACAAGUUUAAAACUUCAAAAAAGGCGAAAAUAUAUUGCAUGGAAGACAAAAAGUUCUGUGCCAGGUGCCAGUACUUCAUCUCAUAACUCAACAGUCAACAAGAAAACCAAUUGCUCUUCUUCAUCGAAUGGGAAUAGUGCUGUCCAGCAGCCUGUGACCUAUGUAUGGGCUGGCAAAGAAUAUACUGUUUACCCCAAUCCUGCUCCGGAAACUUCAAACGAUUCGCAACCUCAAGAAAAGAAAGCCAAGACUAUCACUAGUUUUUUGCCCCGACAAAUCAAAACAGACAAUGUUUCUGAUAGAAGUAUUAAUCAAAGCAGCAGCUCUCUUAAGAAAGAAAAUGCUUCAUUUGAGUCUUGUCCUGGAUCUUCAGCAGUAGAAAAAUCUUAUUUAAAUACUAUGUCUCAUGUGAGGGCCAAGAUCACUGAAGUAUCUGUUCCAAAUGUGAGAGUGAGCUUUAAAAGGAGGAAAAGAAUGUGAUCUGCGGAACAUUUUGUGAUUUCAAAGCAUAACUACUUUUGCACCCAAAUGUCAGCAAAUUUCAUCACUUUCAUUUCUCAUCAACUUUUUAAACACUGAAAUGAUACUCAAAAGUGAAAUGUUGUUGAAGUGAUAUAUUGUGAAGGAUCAUUGUGUACAUAGAAUUCCGUACUUCAUUUGUUUUAUUUUACAGUUUAUAUAUUAAAAUCUAUCUGAAGUGUUCAUUUUGUAAUUUAAAAAUACUUGAUUUAAUAAAA